UCGAAGGACGAUAGAGGUCGAAGAGGGCAACUUCCUCCUCUACCCUCCUCUUCCUCUUCCUCCGACUCGUCUCGCCUUCGAGUCCCUUCGUUUCCGCGAGACGCCAAGGACUCUCUUCAGCACCUGACGGCCCAAGGAUGCGACUCCGGAUCGCCGCUGGGAUCCUCCUCCUGUGUUGCCUUCAAGAAUGCGUGCUCGGAGCGUGUCCUCGAAUCUGUCCCCCUGGAGGCGAGCCGGUAUGCGGUAGCGACGAGGUGAUCUACGCCUCGCAAUGCGAGAUGCGGAAGAAGAUGUGCGGAAAAGGGGUGACCGUGAGCACGGAGAAGACGGCGUGUCUGAGAUCCUCCGGGAGCAAGUGCGAGCACCGGUGCCCCGGCGACCAGGACCCCGUCUGCGGGACGGACGGGCGGACCUACCUCAACAAGUGCAUGCUCAGGGUGGAGAUCUGCAGGGUGGGCAUCGAGCUGUCCCACCUGGGUCCCUGCAACAACAUCUCGGCCCAUCGUGAGAACUGCCCCGUCGCCUGCGACUACGCGCCCCUCGACGGCCCGGUAUGCGGAAGCGACGGCAACGUCUACAAGUCGACCUGCCAGAUGAAGCUCCUCACCUGCGGGCAAGGCGUGGUGCGGACCAACAAGAAGCACUGCCAGACAACAAGACAUUGCCGGGAGUCGUGCUGGCGAGGAGCCAAGCCGGCCUGCGGCAGCGACGGAAUCCUUUAUUCAAAUACGUGCAAGAUGCGAGCGAAAAAUUGCGGGAAACACGUAUUCGAGGUGCCGAUGUCCUUCUGCGUAUCUCGGGAGAGAACGGCCGGAAAUGCGGCGAACGCCUGUCCCCUGGAUUGCAAAAACGAGCCGGAAGUGCCAACCUGCGGCUCGGAUGGGAACAUAUACCUGACCGAGUGCGAGAUGAAAAUGCUGAAUUGCGGGCAGUCGAGAAGGAAGGUCACGGUGAUGGAUUUCGAGAAAUGCCGACCUAGGCUGACGAAGUGCAUGAAACUGAGACAACGAUGCGGAAACGAGGUGGAUCCGGUGUGCGGAAGCGACGCGAACACGUACCCGAACCAGUGCAACCUGAACGUGGCGAUUUGCCUGAAGGGGAUUCAAUUGGCUCAUGUUGGAGAAUGUACAACCCUGAAGGAGACCGAGGACUGCCCCGAAGACUGCAGCGACGUCUUGGAGGAGCCCGUUUGCGGGAGCGAUGGGAAUGUCUAUCGAUCCCAGUGCCAUCUGCGAAGAGAGACCUGCGGUCAAAGAGUGGUCCCGGUGCCCGCGCAACAUUGUCGCACGACGGCGCUCUGCAACCAGGUUUGCAGCGGCGAGCGGCAAUUUGUCUGCGGUUCGGACAACAAGCUCUACAGGAACGAGUGCGAGAUGAAGAGAGAUAACUGCGGGAAACACGUCUACGUGGUCCCGAUGAAGCGCUGCGUCCAAGGGUUCCUGUUCCGCGGGUGCCAAAAGAUAUGUCCACCCUAUUACGACCCGGUCUGCGGGACCGACGGGAUGACCUACAGCAACGAGUGUUUCCUCGAGAUCGAGAACUGCCGCAGCCGGAGCCUGGUGACGAAAAAGUACCACGGGAUCUGCGGCCAGCCGACGGAGGAGCCGAAGAAUUACCUGUACUAAACGGGAGAUCCAGGGUGACCUAGGGAUCUUCACCGUGGAUCCAGACCAAGAUCGGCUUGCUAAGCGGGUCGAUCAUCGAGAACGUCGAACGAAACUCAUCGGGAAUGCCUCGUCUCGCCACGAAGAAUUCUGGGAAACUCGCCUCGAAAUCGCUUGUCCAGCUUUCCGGCCUUUUUCGCGCGGACCUUGCUAAAUUUCGCUCCGAGGAAAGCUACAAGAAUCGGACGUUCACCCUCUUUCUAAUGUUCUGUGCCACUUUCUCGGGUUUUCGGGGGGGAUGUUUGGGCCGGGGCCCGCCCAGCACCUAAUAGUAAGGUAUGAUGCCUACUUGCCGAGUCGAAGGAGGGAAAUCUGGAAAAGAGCUUCGUUUCGCCCGAAGUUUCUCGAUUUCCCGACCUCGAGGGGGGACCCGAAGCUCGUUCUUCAUCGGUCUUCUGUGACCUCUACACGAGGGUAUUUUUCUACCAUUUCUUUUUCAUUUCUCUUUCGAGCGCUCGCGUCCUCCCUAUCCAGACUCUACGAAAAUCAUUUUUAUCCUUUCUCGUCUGCGUAGCGUAGCGACUUUUCAAGGGAGGCAGGAAUUAUCUAUUGCGAAUAUAAGGAAGAACGAACGAGGGAAGGUCGCUCUAUUUUGUGCCAAGUUAGACGAAGGAUCAUUAAACAGAGACGAUAUCACCAAUCGCUUAGCGUGGGCCUUCUACGUUUUUACAUAACACGUGACGGUAGAUAUAUUAUUUAUUGUAGCUAAGUUCAUAGCCGUUUGUAUUAGUUAUACUGCGCUCCUUUAUGCUUCCCUACCAUCUAUACGAUUAGUCGGACUUUACGUUAGGUCUUGUCAAGAGACCCGUUUGAACUGUAUUACAUUCCUCGAGGAAAUAUCGCCAUGUACUCUCCUU